AUGACGCAUUAUCAAGACUUUGGUGAUGAUGAUGAUGAUUGGACGAUUAUCACGAUCUAUAUCACUACCGUCAUGACAGGACAUCGAAAAGAAAAAGAUAUUAAAACAAAAAACAAAUAUCAUCAUCAUCAUCAUCAUCAUAUAAUUUUAACAAAUAUUUAUAAAUAUAAUAUAAAUAAUUUUCUUAGAUGUUUAAAUCAAAAUCGAUCAAAUGGUGGACUAUGGGAAAAAACGAGAUACCUCGAUUUACAACUUCAAGACACUACUAUUGUUGAGGAAAUAGAAAUAGAAAUGGUUAUACAAAACACUCCAACUGAUAUCAUCAGCCCCAAAGAACAACCUCAACCUCAACCUCAACCCCUCCAAUUUAAAGAAUUAUGGUCGGCCACUUCUGCCUCCGCAUCGACGAUGCCUUUUAUCUGUCGAAGUACGCUGAUCACUCAAUACUAUCAAGCCAACUGGAAUUUGACAGAUUAUUUAUGGCCAUGCUCUUAUAGUAGUAGGGCAGUGCCACUGAUUCCGAUGGAUAGUCAGUGCGCAGCAGCUAUUGCCAUGUCACUUCAAAACAAGGUAGAAGAUUUGAUUGGAGUAUGUGACCCAACAGAAUAUUUCCACAAACGGAGCAUACUAAUAGAUGAGAUUGUUGAUCUUGCCACAAAAUAUCGACAUCGCUCCAAUCUCAAAUUCAUCAUGUCCUAUGUAAAGUACACCCAUAUCCCUGCCAUUUACAAAUACACCAAAUAUAUUGAAGAUAUACAUUAUUGUGAAAACAAAGACCUCAAUCAAACACCAUGUUUAAAUCUUAACGAUUGUUUUAAUUCAUUCACAUCAUCGGUUCUUUCAAAUGUAACUUGGGGUGAAAUAGAUGGAUGUCGAGUUGUGUGUGCAGGUGGAGCUGUACUUGGUUCUCUUACUCAUCAAUCAGAAUCUUUUUAUAUUGAGUUAAUGGACCAAAUACCUGGGUUUUCAAGACGAAAUUACAACUUUGCGUACGAUGGAAUAUGUGGAACAUCUCAAUGUAUGCGUCGAAUCGAGCCAAAUACAAGGUUCGAUUUGGAUGGAUUCACUGAAAUAGACCUACCAAAGCUAGUCAAACCAAAUUUCACCUAUCAUGGUUGGGAACAACUAGAUACGUUCAUUGAUCUACACGUCUGUACCCAACCAAAAUCAGUUGUUAACAUUGGUGUGGAAUGCUAUCAAUGUGCAUUGGCAACAUUAUUUGUUGUUUGUAGUGUAGCUCAGCAAGAGGCAAUCAGACCUGUAGUUAUGUGGCAUGGAAUGGGUGAUACUUGUUGUUAUCCCUUUUCAAUGGGAAGAAUUAAACAAAUGAUUGAAGAAAAGAUACCAGGUAUCUUUGUAUAUAGUAUUGAAAUUGGUGAUUCUAUUACCGACGAUGAAUUCAAUGGAUUCUUUAAGAAUGUUAAUACACAGGUCGAUAUGGUGUGUGAUAUGCUUAAAAAGAAUGAAAACCUGACCAACGGAUUCAAUGCUAUCGGAUUCUCACAAGGUGGACAAUUCCUAAGAGCCUAUGUCGAGCGUUGCAACGAUCCACCAGUCUACAACUUGUUGUCGGUCGGUGGUCAACACCAAGGUGUCUAUGGUAUGCCAAGAUGUCCAGGUACCAACGGUACACUUUGUAACAUGGCCCGUGAAUUAUUGAAUCUCGGUGUCUAUGAAGAAUUUGUUCAAGAACAUCUUGUUCAAGCUGAAUACUGGCAAGAUCCAAUCAACUAUCAAGAGUACCUAGACAAAUCAGUAUUCCUUGCCGACAUUAACAAUGCAGGUCCCACCAAAAACGAAACCUACAAAAAGAACCUCAUCACACUCAACGAGUUUGUUUUGGUUCAAUUCACCGAAGAUACAAUGGUUGUACCACGUGAAUCUGAAUGGUUUGGAUUCUACCAACUUGGUCAAGCCAAGACUGUCAUUCCAAUGGAACAAACUGAUCUCUAUACUGAAGAUUGGAUUGGUAUGAAAUAUCUUGAUGGUGAAGGUCGUGUAACUCAAAUUCCAUGUGUUGGUGAUCAUUUACAAUUUACUGAUCAAUGGUUCUAUGAAUACAUGAUUCCAUACAUGAAUAAUACUAUUACUGCUGAGUUUUAUUAA